CUCUCUCUCUCUACUUUUUCUAUAUAUGAAGACCCACUGACCCCUGCCUCUGUAUCCAUGCCUUCUUUUUUCCAAGUCUGAAAACAUAAAAGAAAAGCAGAGAAGACGACUCUAUCCCUAUCUGUUGAGAUUUUGAAGGAAAGAAGGAAAAAAGAAAGAAAUGGGUAGACCUCCUUGUUGUGACAAGAUUGGUGUGAAAAAAGGGCCUUGGACCCCUGAAGAAGAUAUCAUUUUGGUUUCUUAUAUUCAACAACAUGGUCCAGGCAAUUGGAGAGCUGUACCCACUAACACAGGGUUGCUAAGAUGCAGCAAGAGUUGCAGGCUUAGAUGGACUAAUUACCUAAGGCCAGGAAUCAAAAGAGGGAAUUUCACAGAACAUGAAGAGAGAAUGAUAAUCCAUCUCCAAGCCCUUUUAGGUAACAGAUGGGCUGCAAUAGCAUCAUACCUUCCACAGAGAACAGACAAUGACAUUAAAAAUUACUGGAACACCCAUUUGAAGAAGAAGCUCAAGAAGAUCCAAGAAGGACAAUCAACAAACCCAGAUUUGGUUUGUAGAGGACAAUGGGAGAGGAGGCUCCAGACUGAUAUUCAAAUGGCAAAGCAAGCUCUCUGUGAGGCCUUGUCACCUGAACUGAAACAACCAGGACAAUAUCAAGCUUCAACAUAUAUUUCAAGCACUGAAAACAUAGCAAAGUUGCUUCAAGGCUGGAUGGGAGAUUCACCAAAAUCAGUUGUCACUGAUGAUCAGCAUUCACACAACAACAAGAAGCCCAAUAUGGAGUCUACUAAGGAGGAGAAGAAUGACAUGGAAUUAUCAGAGGCUUUGGAUUCACUUUUCGGGUUUGAGUCUUUUGACUCAUCAAAUUCUGAUCUUUCUCAGUCUUUUUCUCCUGAUGAGGCCAGUAUUUCCCAAGAUGAAAGCAAGCCACAAGAACCACUUUCAUUGCUAGAGAAGUGGCUUUUUGAUGAAGGAGCUGCUUCACAAGGAAAAGAUUGCUUCAGUGAUAUUAAAUUAGAUGAGCAUGUUAAUCUUUUUUGAAGGGUUUUCUGUUUUUUUUGGGGUUAUUAGGGAUUCUUGGGAGAUUAGAUGAUGAACAUUACGCUAAUUAAUUAUUUUAGUGGCUUCAUUGAUGAGAUGUUUAUGAUUAAUCAAUAGCUCUAGAAUGGAAGUGUUAACAUGAGAGAUCACAUUAAUUAAUAUAUAUUUGAUGGAGAUCAAUAAAUUAUUUACACCACUUUAUUGA